AUGGAUCCAUCAUUCACUCAAGAAUCCCGAACCCAGAAAUCAUUGGUUGCUUCCUCUGUAAAGAGCAAUUCCUUUUCCUCAAUGUCAAAGAUUUCCGGGUGUUCAGGAGAAAUCUCAAGCAAUAAAAAUAUUAAUUUCUAUGUCAACUUUGAAGAAUUCAAAAACCCAAUUCAAGAAACCUCUAAAAAGUCCCAGUUGAUUCUUGAAUAUAUUCCUUCUGAGAAACUAUGGGGCAAAACUCAGAAGCGUUUUCCUAAAUAUGAUCUUAAAUAUGAUGAAGUUUAUAACUGGUUAAUCAACAUUAAUCAUGAGAUGUUUGAGAGGUUUGAUGCGUCUCUUGAUGAGAUUAAGAAAUCAAGAUAUAAAGAACAGAAGCUAAUAAAUCUACCUAACGAUACUAAAUUUCAAUUAGUUAAUCUAAAGAAAGAGAAAGUCAUUGAGAAAGAUUUGUUAGUUAAUAGUAAUUACCCUAACAUGGAAGCUAAUCAUUCUUCAUCUGUGAAGGUAGUUUCUUUGGAAGAUAAUGCAAUGGGGACACAAAGGCCAAAAGUGUCUUUUCACAUGAAUUGGAUUCCAAAGCCGCAAGAUGUGUAUAACAUAGUGGUGAACAAUGUAAAUCAACCUUUUCAGCAUGUUUGGUUGAAGACUAGUGAGGAUGGGUCUAGGCUCAUACACCCAUUGGAAAAACAUUCGGUUUUCGACUUUGUUAAUAAAAGUAUGACCAAUACCGAGCCAUUAAAGCCACCUCCGGUUGAAACAACACCAUUAAAGCUUGUACAAGACGUCAAAGACUUGAAAGAACUUGUUGCAAAGUUGCAUGACACUAAUGAAUUUGCGGUUGAUUUGGAACACAACCAAUAUCGAUCUUUCCAAGGUUUAACUUGCUUAAUGCAAAUAUCUACACGAACAGAAGAUUUCAUUGUUGAUACACUCAAACUUCGUGUUCACAUUGGUCCAUAUUUGCGAGAGAUUUUCAAAGAUCCAACUAAAAGAAAGGUUAUGCAUGGAGCAGAUAAAGAUAUUUUGUGGCUGCAACGAGACUUUGGCAUAUAUGUUUGCAAUAUGUUUGACACCGGACAGGCGCUUUGUGAAUGGAGAGACAUUGUUGCACGUGCAGAAGAUGAAAGUACUGGAUAUGUAUUGCCAAACAAAAUUCUUAUCGAAAUUGCCAAGAAGAUGCCGAUCACAAAUGAAGAUCUACGUGGCUUGUUGACGUCUAAUCACCCUCACAUCGAGCGUAACCUCACUUCCAUUGUUAGCAUUAUUCAGAAUUCUAUGUAUAAUGCAGCUGAGUUUGAAGGAGUUGCUAGGAGACUCAAGGAAGAACACAUGGAAAUGAAAUGGUUUGAAGAAGUUUCAGCUUCGAGUGGUGCAAUAGGAGCAAAUAGUUUCAGCAACAUCGCUGGAGAUCAAUCAGGGAAGAAAGCUGGAAGUGUUGUCGCCGGAGUCAACUGGAAUAUUCCGAUGAACGGAUCAGGGUUCACGAACACCAAAGUACCGCUGCAGAACAUGGUAGAAAAUAUUUGCGUUGGAAAUGCAGCCGGAAAUAGGAAAUUGGAUCUUGAUCCAAAGCUAUCAUCGAGCUUCCCGAAGUGCUUACAGACCUCUAACGGAAGGAUAAUGAUGAAGCAGAAGGAAGAAGACAAAGAUGAUGGUAAGAAGGUGAUACCGGAAAAGUGGAUAAUGAACAAGUCUGCCGGAGGUUGCAAGGAUGGUGGCGGAGGAAGGCCAAGGCCUCGACCUGGGCUUGUUACCGACAUUGUUAACCGGGUUUAG